CUAAACAGUUAAAUGUUUUUAGUUCUUAAAUUCUAUAAUAUUAAGUGACAAUCAAUACAGGAUCAAUACAAUAAUAAAGUUGUUGUGCUAAACGAAUUUGUACCUAUAUAUAUAAUAUGUCGUUGUUGCAGAGAGUAAAGAAACCUAUUACUCACAAGGGGAAGAAAGUACUCUUAAGUAGAGAACCCAAACUUAUUGAAGAUCCCAAAAAUGUAUUAUUACUUAAAGGUCGUAAAACAUCAGAACGUAAUUCAGCAGCAAUUACUGAUAUUUAUCAUCUCAAAAAGCCACAAUCUAGAAUGCUCUCUAAAAGAAAUGAUGUGAAUGCAUUUGAAAAUAUUGUUCCAGUGGAAGAAUUAACCAGAAAAAAUGAAUCAACAUUAUUUGUCUUAGCAACUAAUUCUAAAAAACGACCUCAUAAUUUAGUAGUUGGACGCAUGUUUGACAAUCGAAUUUUGGAUAUGGUUGAACUAGGUAUUGACAGUUACAUCCUAAAAGAUUUUAAGAAUGAGAAAAUUGGUACUGGUGUCAAACCUUGUUUAAUUUUCAAUGGACCUGCUUGGGAACAGAGUAAGGAAUUGGCUCGCCUCAAAAACUUGUUUAUAGAUCUUUUUCACAGGAACAGUUUUGUAUAGGUUGAGACAAUAAGGCUACAAGGCUUAGAACAUGUAUUAAGUUUUACUGUAACAGAGGGCUCAACUAUUUUAUUACGGUCUUAUCAAGUACAGCUGAAAAAGUCUGGUCAGAGAACACCAAGAGUUGAAUUAAAAGAAAUUGGGCCAUCUGCAGAUUUUUCACUAAGACGAUCAAAGUUAGCUACUGAUGAACUUUGGAAACUAGCAUGCACACGUCCCAAAGCUUUGAAACUAGUUAAAAAGAAAAAUAUUUCAAGAGAUGGAUUGGGUACUACUCAUGGACGUAUUCAUUUAGGAAAACAGAAUAUUCAUAAAAUCCAAACAAGAAAAAUGAAGGGAUUGAAAAAAACUCCACAAGAAAGAAAAGCUAAAAGAAUAAUGAAAGAAAGCUCCACAUAA